AUAAAAAAUGGUAGAUGAAAUGUGGAAGUUAUUAUCGAAUUGGAGGCAGAUAUGUGCGGCGGAAGAGAUGAGGGCUGAAUCCAGUAGGCGACAGGUGAUCUGAGCUGAGGUGGAGCAGUUGCAUGCGAAACAAGUAGAGCUCAGAAGCCACGCCCACGUGGGCUCACGUGAACUUCACGCUCCACUCGUCUCUCUCAACAAACAAGAAGAAAAGCAACUUGUUUGGGUGUAUCAGCAUCGGCGACAACGACAGAUCAAUUUGUUCCAUGGAAAUCUCCAUAGCCGAAGCUUCUUCCAUGUUUCCCGGCUUCCGCUUCUCCCCCACCGACGAGGAGCUCAUUCAGUAUUAUCUCAAGAGGAAGCUGCACGGCUCCGACGACGGCGUCGAAGUCAUCCCUGAAGUUGAUAUUUGCAGACAUGAACCUUGGGAUUUACCAGGUCAAUCAGUGAUACAAUCGGACAACGAGUGGUUCUUCUUCUCGCCUCGCGGAAGGAAGUAUCCGAACGGGUCUCAGAGUAAAAGGGCAACCGUGUCCGGUUACUGGAAGGCGACAGGGAAGGAGCGCAGCGUGAAGUCCGGCUCGACCCAGAUUGGCACGAAGAGGACUCUCGUGUUCCACAUGGGUCGGGCGCCUAAAGGGCAGAGGACGGAGUGGAUAAUGCACGAGUAUACCACGAGUGAGAAAUCCCAGGAUGCUAUGGUGGUGUGUCGCCUGCGGAAGAACAGGGAGUUCCAUUUGAACGAUUCCGUAGGGGAAGGGGCAGUCGAAAACAGUGCACCAUCUGUAUCUGGGCUUGUGGAUGGGGCAAAGACUGCUGGUAGCUGUUCCAAGGAUUGCAGCAGCAGCCACAACUCCCACUCGGUGGAACAGCUCGACACGGGCUCUGAGUCGGAAGAGAAAGUCACGAACGAAUCCUCUCACCCUGUAAGCAGCCUCAACGAGGAAGAUGAUUGUUAUGCUGACAUAAUGAAAGACGACAUAAUCAAGCUCGAUGAUUCCUCGUUGAGCGAGAAUCCUAGGCCUAUAAGACAGAAGCUCCCUUCCCAGGGGACAGCAAAUCGACGUCUCAGGCUCAGACGCCACAGGAUGGAAUCUUAUGGGAAUGGGAGGGAGCAUUUUGGGAUAUAUGAAUUGGAAAAGCAGACGAGUACUCGGGAGAUAAGUAUUGAGAAUGCUAGAGAUUCGAACCUAAUUGAGAAAUCAACAAGGAUCGUGUUCCUCGUUGCUGUCGUGUUAAUCUCUGUCUUGAUAUUGCUCCUCUACAUCCGCGGAUCGUCUAGCUGACUGUCUUGGUAUGCUCAUCUUUACCUCAAUGUUUGAUCAAGAAUUUGUGAUCAAGUUUUGAAAUGUAAAAAAGUGAGAUCGUAUAUGUUAUGAUGGUGUGAAUCUGUAUAGUUUAUGUUGAGAAUUGGUUGGGUAGUUUUGCACAUAUGCUUGGUAGAGAUCUAUUUUUCAUGCUGUAUUCUCCGUAGUAUCCAUGCACGCCAUGCGAUAAGCUGAGAUGAUUAAACACAUUAAUUUAAGCUGAAAAUGUGCAGUUUCUUGACAGAA